AUGUCGAGGAAGAGACGCCGUCCCCAGCCACAGUAUUUACCUUCGCAGAUGUCGCUCCAGUCUCAAUGCCAUCUGGCGAAGGAUGAGCGUGAGUGUACAUUAGCUGGCCAGAAACUUCAUGGGGAAACGAAUUUAGCUCCGGAGCUCGAGAUGUUAAUGAGGCACGAAGAACAUUCGCAGAAGCGCUUGUCAGCAUUGGAGGAAGCAUUUACGAAGUUACCUAUCCAAGCCAAUGGUCCGCCCGUGGAAUUGGCGGGGUCUAUGCCACUAGAAAAGCAGGGCGUUCCAGAUCACGAAGAGUUUUCGAAGUCUGACUGCACGCUGCCUGCUUAUUCACGAAGAGAAGUGGUCGGGCUAGGGGUCUUUGAGGCGCUGGUGUCACCUUUUGAGGGCAGUGCAUUUGAGAAUUCGCGGGAUGAUCACUGGAGUAUGGAGGAGCAACGCAUAGAGCUACUUGAGGAAAGUUUGAAGAGCGCCGAAAACUAUACCGAAGAGAAUACAAGUUGGCAAGAUAAUAUAACUACCGGUUGUGAGGAUGCUAUGUGGUCUGAACAGGAGCUCAAAUACUUGGCUCGGUACCUCUUUUGUCACCCACACCCUGACGAGCGAAGCUUGGAUGAUUUAUCCUCCAUCAUCCUUCUUCUCUCUCACAACAUCCGAUACAGCUGCAAACUUCAGACACAACCACAACAACAACACUCUGAUAGCUUGCUAACCAAAUUCUUCUUCGGAAUGGGAUUUGCAUCGCAGUUCCUAAGCUGGCAGUCUCGCACUGUCCGGCGUAAUAGCAUUCGUAAAAAGCAGAAGUCUGCAACGAAGGACAAGAAUAAACCUUCUUCAACCCCAACAUCUCCUGACACCGGCAACCCUCAACGUCCAGGCCUCGAUCUUCGUCGGUCAUUCGACAAGCAAUCUUCCGAGCAGCCCUCCCCUCCUAACUCCAAGCGUGAGAUUGCUGAAGCUCAGUUGCCGCAGCUUAAUCGAGUGCGGACGCCGCCACCUCUCCCUGAGAACCUGGCUGAAGCCUAUAUUAAGCUUCGAAAGACUUCCGAGGCACAGGCAGUUGAGUUAUGGCAGGCCAAGAAGCGUGAGGAGACCAUGGAAGAGCAGGUGGACUCUCUUCAAACCAAGCUUUCUACCGAAGUGAAAAGUAUUAAGCUCGAGAACGAAGAUCUUGAGCAGCGUAUUGCCGGUCUAGUACAAGACGGUUACAAAUAUGCUGACCGUGUUGCCGCGUUGGAGAUCAAAAACCAGCAUCUCGUGAAGAAAGUUAAAGAGGCCAAUCAGGUUCUCCAGAAUGGGUUUGAACUUCUAAACUUGACAAGAGCGAACGCGGACACAAAUGAGAGUCUCCACCGUAUUGAAAUUAAGAGGCUUGAGCAAGAGGUCUCGAACCUUAAGCAAGAGGUCUCAAAGCUUAAGGAACAACUUGAGGAAGCCCAAUCUCACCUUCGCCGUCAAACAAGCACCUUGGCUGAAGACUUGAUUGAUUUGGAAACCGCAGCGAAUUCCCUAAGCACAGAGUUAAGCGGAGGGGUGCUGCUUCCAGCACCGCAAACAGAUACCAAGCUUCAAGAGCUAGUGCAGGAAAAUGAUAUUCUCAAGCAGAAGGUCACUGAACGUGAGCUUGACACGAAUAGUCUGAGAGAUGAAAUUCAAGCCGCCAAUCUUAAAGUGACAGGGCUCGAAAAGGAGCUUGCUGCGGCGAAGUGUGCUUUGCAGAAUCAAGAAGCCGCCGCCAAUACCUUGAAGACUUUCGAAAAGAAGAGUGAAGAAGCCAAACAGAAGACUGGGUCUUAUGCACUGCCCGCACUUGGUGCAAUGGAAGCUCCCUUGGGGACUUCCGAGCAGCUAAAACAGAAACCUCAUGCACUGAAUGACAGCUUCCCCCCUCGUACCUCUGUUGAAUACAGGCGGUUGUCAUAUCCUACUCUUCUCGAAACACAGGUCGCUGUUCCAGUCGAGGGUCGCCGGCGUUCACGGACCCUCACUAAGCCGAAACAGCAAGGUGAAUCAGUGAGACAAAGGCCGCUGAAGCCACUUGUUAAUUUCGAUGACCUGACAAAUACGCCUGCUGAGAAUACCUUGUUUCGCGCUGGUUCCACUCGUAACACUACUUCCCAGACACAAGUGCCUAGCAUGGCGCCACAGCAAGCUGAAUUCGAGGCACAUAUUUCAUCCUCACGCACGCACGUGGCUCGACCAGUCUCGUUCUCGCCUGCCAGCCCGACUCUGGUAAUGCACAGCGCUCCUCAGCGGGCAAAUUCAACCCGCACCAGUCGCAGGCAUGCCAUUUACGGAGCUCAGCAAAGCAUGCCAGUCAUUGAGCCUGAUGUUGUUUACCCGUUUGGCAGCCGUGGUGCUAGCCUUCUUGAACAGUCCAAUAACGAGCGAACUUCGAACUUUCAAGUCCCAUUUCGUCCAGGAUUGUUCACAUCAAAGCCGGAAGCCGCAGAGAAAACUUCUGGAAAGGACCUCUCUUCGGGAAACCAUCAAUUCGGUAAAAAUGCUACUAACAGUGCAUAUUCCGCCGGCGCUUUCUCGUCUCCUGCAGCUGUCAUUGGCACUGCGGCCGAGGAUCCUUUCUCCCCCGUCAGCCCUCGCACUCGGCGCUUCCCCGGGCCCAACCGUUCUAGCAUCCGCGCCGAGGAUAUCAAGAUUGAUGAGAAUGGCAAGCGGACUGUGACUUUGUCUAAUGGUCAAACAUUUGAACUUUUCCCCCUUGAAACCCCUCAGCCUCGGCCCAUGGAAGACACUCGCAUUACUGCCAAUUAUCCAGAUGCUUAUGCGGGCCAGAUGUAUGACGAAGAGUCACCUACCGUGGAGUCACUCAGUGCCCGCAAAGAGCGGCGAUCUCGCACUCAUCAAGGAAACACACAUGCCGUUGGGGAAGCUGUUGUCGGUGGCGUGGUUGGCGAGACUGGUGAUGGAACUAAGUUGGGCUUCUUCUAG